AACGAAAAUACCAUAACGAAAAAAUCGAUCGUAGUAGCUGAGGACGAUGAACGACACAGGUUAGGCAUUUUACACGAAAUUUCCCAGUAGGUGCAAUGUUUCUGUACCGGUAUUCGACCCAGCUGAGCGAUGCAAAAUGAGGAUAGGGAUGGAAAGCGUCGGACCAAGAAAGUUGAUUACAAAAGAUCCGAAUCUCAACAGCAACGAGAGAAACGUGUCCCGGCGACCAAAUCCCCCUAUAAAAUCUAUGAGCAACCGAAGAGGUCAAACUUUUCUGUUUGUUUGGACAACAUCAAACACGAGCGCGACUCAAUCGUGCUGACUAACCAAUCCAAACAAAGACAUGCGCCGCAGAGCCGAUCGGAUGACCAGCUGCCAGGAACAAGUGGUGGAAUGGUGUCGUGUGUACAUAAUGACAGCUCUGUGGGACUUAUGCGAAAGAGAGCUGUAAAUGUUCGGGAUGCAUACAAUGAAUACUUGAGACGAAAAACUACGGCUCCCAGACGAAUAAGGAUCAUUAAAAUUUAUAUUCCACUUAAUUGGGAAGAGGCUUUAGAACAAUCUAUAAAUAAGUUCGUUCCUGUUGCUUCGAUCGUCAAUUCAUGGCAGCAACCACGCUUGCAAUGGUUGGAAAAAUUGGAACAAGAUAAUGGGACUCCGACGAGAAGAUCGCCAACUGAAGAAAAUGUAAAUUCGCCACCGUGUUGCUUGUUAUGCCUAUACCCGUUUUGGCCGCGCAGGACUAAUGAGUGAGUAGCAAUGAAUGAUGGAC